UGCUCAGCCGCAGCAGAUCGUGAAUGUGAACGAAUAUAUAUAUCUAGUUUAUAGAUAGUGUGCAUCCCGAUGCCUGGGAGAUAGAGCAGAAAAGCCCACAAAUAUUUGCACAUCCCAAGUGGAGGGGGAGAAAGACUUCCUGUCCGGACUAAAAUUCCUCGUACACGUGCUGCAUCGUCUGCGGCCGGGAUCUGAAAAGCAAAAACUUCGACUCCGAUUCCGUCUACGUUUUUUUACCCGAACUCCAAUCAGGAGCCGUUCCGUCUAGUUUUUUUUAGUAUUUUUUGCUCUACUACCCCUCUGCCGCUAUGCAUUCGCCAGCUGCCAAAGUGUCGGGCUACGUCGUCCUGAUGAUUGUGCAAAUAAUCUUCCUGGUUCUAUUCUGGCUGUUCGUGCGUUACGAAAAGACGGCACUGCCCCGGGCAAUCGACGCCGAAGACGCUGGAUCAGCAAACGAACACGUUUCCAAAUAUCCGCAGUUCCAGGACAUCCAGGUGAUGAUCUUCAUUGGCUUCGGCUUCCUAAUGACCUUCCUGCGGAAAUACGGUUACAGUGCCACUGGAUUCACCCUGUUCAUGGCUGCCUUGGUGGUACAGUGGUCUGUCCUUAUGAAGGGAUUCCUGCACAUGGAGGAUGGCAAGAUCAGCCUCUCCCUGGAGAACAUCAUUGAUGCGGAUAUUGCCGCCGCCGUGCCUCUAAUUAGCAUGGGUGCCCUGCUCGGAAGGACCACGCCCAUCCAACUCCUCUGCAUGUCCAUCUUUGAGGUGGCUCUCUUCGCAGCCAACGAGUACGUGGCCCUGCAUGUUUUCAGUAUCUGCGACUGUGGAGGCUCCAUCACUGUCCACGCCUUUGGAGCCUACUUUGGCUUGGCGGUGGCCCUGAUGCUGAGACCAGCCAGCGACCAGAAUGAAGCGGGAAAGCUAGAGGGCGCCAGUUACACUUCGGACAUCUUUGCCAUGAUCGGCACCACCUUCCUGUGGGUGUACUGGCCAUCCUUUAACUCUGUCCUGGCCAAUGGAACCGGCGGCGAGCGGGCCAUUUUGAACACGUUCCUGUCAUUAGCCGCGGCAACAGUGACCACCUUCGUUGUAUCCGCGCUUGUCAGCCACGAGAAUAAAUUGGACAUGGUGCACGUGCAGAACUCGACCCUAGCCGGCGGAGUGGCCGUGGGCACGGUGUGCAACUUGCUGCUCGGCGCCCACGGAGCUGUCUUAAUUGGCAUUAUCGCCGGCACGGUCUCGGUGCUCGGCUAUCGCUAUUUAACCCCCUGGAUGACGGCCAAUCUGAGGUUGCAUGAUACCUGUGGCGUGCACAACCUCCAUGGAAUGCCGGCCCUGAUUUCGGCCAUCGCCUCUGCCAUUUACGCCUCGAUGGCCACCGUUGGCGAAUACCAAUCUGAGCUGCAGGACAUUUUCCCGGCAAUGGUGGGCACCAACGGAACCGAGACCAAAAUCAUGGGCGGUCUUGGCCGGAACGCAACUUCACAGGCAGGCUACCAAUUGUUUGGCAUUGCUGUUACACUGCUCAUAGCCAUUGGCGGUGGAAUUUUGACCGGAGCCGUUUUGAAGUACACCAACUUCCGGAACCUGAAGAAGGACGAACACCACCAGGACGAGCACUACUGGGAGGUGCCAGCUGCCGAGAACAAGGAGGAAUAUUUAAAUAUGCUCGCCAAACUUUUGGAUGACGACGCCGUCGCUGCCGCCAACUCGAAUUCCCAGUCUGCCGCCAACUUUAAUUGGCGCCCAUUUCUGUUGCGCAACUGGAAUGCAAUUGUCCCCGCCAACAAUUUGUAUGUGCGCGGAGCUCUGCACUAGGACCUGCUAAUUAAGUGGCCCAGAACAAAGUGCCGGCUAAUUAGCCGACUUUUGGCCAAGACACCGCCAUCGCCAUCGCCACCGUCUCAGUCUCAGUCUCAGCGAUCCAAUCCGAUCCGGUUCGGUCAGCUUGGUUUCCACAGCUUUCUUGACUUUGCCAGCUUUUCUUUGGUCAGCUCAACCGGCGAUUAGCGCACCUGGCGCCGAAGGCCAGUAAUCGCCGGACAAAGGCGAAACCAGGAAUAAUGUCUUUGAAAAGACUUUCAGUCUCUCAAGACCGGCGAUAAGCUGGCGGCCAACUACUUAAGUUGGCUUUGUCACCCCAAAGACGCACAAACAAAGCCCAAAAGGCAAACAAUUACCGGCGAAAGUUCAACAAGUUUCAAUAAAAAUUGUCAGCUAACGUCUUGGGUUUCCUCGGCUUUGGUUUUAACUCAUUUACAGCAGUGAAGAUAAGCCAUUAAGAUUGUACAGCUAGCCGGGUGGUUCUUGGUUUUGAAUUCACAAAUAAAAACAUUUUUUGGCAAGAAAUG